AUGAGUUUUGGUGGUCGAGGAGGUGGUGGUUUCCAGCGUAACCUACCCUUUGGUCUAGACUAUAGUGAUAUAACAAAUGGAACCAUAGAGAAUGAAAAACCACAAAUACCUUUACCCGUUAAUGGUAACGCUUCCAAGAUAGAGAAGAUCUUUGCUGGCCAUUUCAUAAAUUUUCAAAACUCAAUCAAAGAUGGACCAUUUUACACUGGUUCAAACUUGGAACUUGAUAGUAAUAGCAAGGAUAAAUCAGAAAUAGAUGAAGAAGGUAUCAAUGAUGGUAUAAAGAGAUAUUCGGAUAGAUAUAUCAAGAAACGUAAAAUUGGAAGAUCUAUCGAUGAACAUCCUUAUGUUAUUGAAUUUUUCCCACAAGAAUUGUAUAAAGUUAUGGGAGUUGAUGAUAAAAAGAAGAAAAAACUUUUAUCUUUAUCCAAAUUGAAAAACUCUAAGGAAGUUAUAGAUAAUCUAGAGAACGAUGGUAAUUCAAUUCUGGAGAGGCUUAAAGGUAUGGCGGAAGAAGAAGAAAAUGAAAAAGAUGAAGAACCUGAACCUGAAGAAAAUCUGGAUGAUGAGUUUGAAGAAGAGGAUGAUGAUGAUUAUAAUGCUGAGAAAUAUUUCGAUGAUGGUGAAGAUUUUGGUGACGAAGAUGACUAUAAUGAUGAAGCUGCAUUUUAA